AUGAAAGGGUCUUGUGUUUGUGACUUCAUCGAUGCCAAAGCAGCUGGGCGGGCCGACGAAGGGAAGAGGAUACAACUGACAGUAGAUGAAGUGAAGGCAUGUUUCUCCUCCCACUCCUCUCUGUCCUCUUAUUUCUCCUUACUCACUGCACCAUUACUGUCGUCUGUAAACAUGUUGGAAGUCGCCACUCCAUCCAUUGUCUGCGAAUUGUCACGGUUUCUCAUCACAUCCACGGGAGCCCUGUAUAUCCUGGAUGUGCAAAUGGAAGACGGGCUGUACAACUACAGGUGUAUGACACGCCAUCGGUACACAGGAGAGACUCGACAGAGCAAUAGUGCCCGCCUCAUUGUCUCAGACCCCACCAACUCAGCGCCCCACAUCCUGGACAGCUUCGAGCGUCGUGAGGUCAUGGGCUCUCAUCGAGUGGAGUUGCCCUGCAAGGCCUCCGGUCACCCCGCACCCAAAUACCGCUGGCUAAAGGACAACCGGCCGCUGGAGCCAGACCCUCGCUUCAGACAGAGUGUGACAGGCCUGCUGAUAGAGAGAGCCCAGCCCGGCGACACAGGGACUUAUGUGUGUGAAGUGUGGAAUGGAUAUGGAAACGCUGAGGUGGCUGGCAUGCUGCUGGUUAUAGUUCCACCUACCAUCCACCCAUUUGAGUUCCCUCGGUUUUCUAUCGGCCAGCGAGUCUUCAUCCCUUGCGUGGUCAUGUCCGGCGACCAGCCCGUCUUCAUCACCUGGCAGAAGGAUGGUCGGCCAAUCCCGGCCAGCCUGGGUGUCACCAUAGACAACAUAGACUUCACCAGCUCCCUGCGAGUCUCCAACCUUACACUGAUGCACAAUGGGAACUACACCUGCAUUGCACGCAACCAGGCCGCCGCCGUAGAGCACCAGAGCCAGCUCAUUGUCCGAGUUCCUCCCAAAUUUGUGGUGCAACCUAAGGACCAGGAUGGCAUCUAUGGAAAAGCAGUGAUCCUAAACUGCUCUGCUGAAGGAUAUCCUGUUCCUACCAUCCAAUGGGAAUACUCGAAAGGCGCCGGGGUCCCUCAGUUCAGAUCCAUUGCCCUGAACUCAGGCUUUCGCAUUGAAGUGCUGGUCAACGGCUCUCUGUUCAUCAAGCAUGUUCUGGAAGAAGACAGCGGCUUCUACCUGUGUAGAGUCAGCAACGACGUUGGAGCUGAUGUCAGCAAGUCCAUGUAUCUCAAUGUCAAAA